AUAAGUAUAUAAUACACUUGUGAGGUUAUCCGCAUCAUUUGUUAAUUAAAAAUGAUAGAAACAUCAGGAUGGAAUUCCAAGAAAGAUGAGAGCAUCUACAAGGCUGCAGGUGCUAUGCACCUGCGAAAGUAUGGGGAGUUCUUUGAAAACCUGGUGGAAAAAUCCUGGAGUGGCGACUCUGCGCUGGAGUAUGUUAUAGAAGGUCCUCUACGUCUAGUUUACAAAGCUAAGGAGGAUAUCAGUAUCCUCUCCCUGGUGGAGAUGGAGAACAAAGCACUGUCCAAGCUGCUGGCAGCUGUGGCAGGAACGUGCAGGGAAAUCAGGCUGCUGAAGGUGGAAGCUGCUAAUUUCUACACAAAACUCUUUGCACAUGGAGAAAGAUGUGCAGAUAAUGAUCUCACUAAUGUGACUAAAUUGCUAUCCGAUCUGCAGGAUCUAUCCAUUUUCGUUAAUCGAAUGUCAACUGUUGUGCACUUGACUACACAACAAUUGGCAAGUCUAUCUGGUGCCGUUCAUGAGAUCUAUUUACCUACCCUAAUUGAAUGCUUUAUAGAUCUAUUCGUGAUCUUCAUGACUCUUGAUGAGAUCAUCGAUGCUCAAUCAACAAUAGUAGAUCUGUGGAAGAAAUACAGGAUGCAUGUACGUUCCAUGAUGCACAAUCCUUCGCAAUUUGGCGUUGCUGAGGCAAAACUAGAGACAUUCGAUCACCUGUUGAAAGAUCUUCAGGAAAAGUUAUUACGAAGGAAUAUGCUUUCAAAAGCGAUUGAACAUGUAAUGGAUGUAAAUAAGAGUGCAGUUAUGAGCGAACAGAUUGUCAGCUAUUUGAAGAACACGAUCACAGAUGUGGAGACUAAAUCCAACGAUCAUGCUGCGUUGAACAAAAACUGGAUAAGAGCUAACAUUGGCGUUGCAGUGGUGAUAAAGCUAUUUGGUACUUGCGAUCGAAGAUUAAUUAAGAGAGUGCUGGAGGCGAACAAGAGGUUCUACGCGGUCACGUUGGUGGGAAACGUGAUUUGGGUACCUAGCAAAUUCCUCAGCAACAUUGUGCCAAAGGAAACUGGUACAGCCGUGAGCUCGCAGAUAGGCGAAAAGAUUCUACAGGCGAGAACGCAGAGAUUGCCGAUUGUAGUCAAUAGUCUGAUACACCGAGCAACGACCUGGUGCGUAGAGAUGCAGAGUAUUCUGACGAGGACAAAUCUUCAAGUAUCUGACAUCGGGCAAAAACGUACAUUGCUGACGGAUCUGCUAGCUCUCUUGUCGCAGAUGCGAGAAACGGUCGCAUUCGUAACGAAUCUUCACGCUUUCCUGUCGAAGCCUAUGAGCCGCAACACGGUGCAACUGAUCUGCAGACUCGUGGAGUUGCAAAAGUCCCUGCAGACAACGUUCUAUACGCUUGGACCGAUCGUGGUGCAAUCGCAGGCGCAAGUGCUGCAGUAUUUAGCUUAUUACAUGUUAGCUAUGCUGGAGACAGCGCGCAAGGGUCUUGUUCAGAAGGACAAAGGCUACAGCAGGGAGCGAUUGGACGCGCUAUCCCUGAUAGGACUCGCUAUGCGGCUGAUAAGCGGUCCGGCGAGCGCUGAUAGACGGCUAAUAGUGCGUUGCACCCUGGCAUGUGCCAGUCAAUUGACCGAUACCUUCCGCGAAGAGGACGUGGUGAAGCUACGGUUCCUCCUGGACAGCUACGACGCCGUGGCCGAGCUGCACGAGCUGGUUGACGAGCUCGGUGAUUACUCGUUGCUGUUGCAUCAUCAGAAUAUGCUGCCCGCCUACCUUUCCUCAGUCGUCGACGGUAACACCGGGGUCUGCCACGUCGCUCAUCUGUUCGCCGCCUUCAACAGCGCCGUGGGCGAACAGGAGUUGGUCGAACUCAGGGAAAAACACAUCGCGGAGCUUAGGGAGAGCCUGGUGAAAAGCGUAUUGAAGCCAGCUUGCCAUGAAAUCGAGACCAGUCUACGAUUACAUGUGCACGCCCAUCUUAAACUAGACUCUACGAACCCUUUCAACAUUGGGGCCAAGGACAGUGGCAGAGUGGUGCGUAUUCCGCCAUUAUCCUUAGCUGAAAACAUGGUCUGCACCAAAAGAUUCGUCGAGCAUUAUCUGGAUGAUAUGUUCUAUAAUCUGACAACGGUCGCUCUGCAUGAUUGGAGAACCUAUCGGAUGAUGCACACGUUGGCCAGCUAUAAGAUGGGUCUAGGCACAGUGCAAGAUCAUCUGCCGACGCAGACCCUCGAACAAGGCUUGGAUGCUUUAGAAAUUAUGCGUAACAUCCACGUGUUCGUUUCCAGGUAUCUUUACAAUCUGAACACGCAGACAUUCGUGGAGCGCAGCAGUGGUAACAAGCAUCUCAACACCAUCGGCAUCCGACAUAUCGCCAAUUCGAUUCGCACCCACGGCACUGGUAUCAUGAGCACCACGGUGAACUUCGUCUAUCAAUUCCUGCGCGUUAAGCUGCACACGUUCUCGCAGUUCCUCUUCGACGAGCACAUCAAGUCCCGUCUGAUGCGCGACAUCAGGUUCGUCCGGGCGCAACGGGAAGCGGGCGUCAUUCCGUACACGUAUGAGCGAGCGGAAAAAUUUCAGAAGGGCAUCCGAAAACUAGGGAUGACCUCGGACGGGUUAAGCUACUUGGACCAGUUUCGCCAGUUGAUCACGCAGAUCGGCAACGCACUCGGUUACGUGCGAUUGAUCCGUUCUGGUGGUCUUCAUGCUAGCUCCAAUGCGGUGUCCUUUCUGCCGGAUAUUGAGAAGACUGUGCCCUUCGAAGCGCUCUGUCGUGGACUGAAUUACAGCGUCGAAACGCAGGCUGCGGCUAGACGACUGGAGGACGACAUCGCCGAUCUUGUCCGCAACUUCACCGAAGGCAUUCAGUACUUCAAGCUACUAGUGGACGUGUUCACGGCGGCGUUUCGCGACGCCAAGUCUUAUCAUCUGCAGCAGUUCUACGCUAUCGUGCCGCCGUUGACGCUGAGUUUCGUAGAUAAUUCCGUGUCGAAUAAAGAAAAGAUGUUUAAGAAGAACCAAACUGGCGCGGCCUUCACCGACGAUGGCUUUGCCAUGGGUAUCGCCUACAUCAACGCACUACUCGAUCAAAACGCAGAGCUGGACGGUCUGCAUUGGUUCAAGACGGUGGAUGAGCACAUCGCCCAGGAAAAAUUUGCCGCCGAUAGUAAAGACGACCACGGAGACGAGAAGCUUCAGCAAACCAGAGCGCUCACUCUCCAACGUCUCGCCGAGAGGAAUGCAGAAUUCCAGCUAUUGUACUAUAGUCUUUCUGGUGCUAGAGUGUUCUUCAAACAACCCGAUACGUAACGCGAGAAUACGGAUGUUAUUUUGAUACUUCAAUAUUGCAUCUGGGUCUCGAUUUCUUAAUUGAUAAGGGAGAAAUAAUCGAUACAAGUUAUAAAUAGGUAAAUAUGCACUUAGAACUAUUUCUUAAUUUUAUUCCUAAUUUUGAGUUUGAACAGAAUUUGAAUAAAUAUAAUGCAGUCUA